CAUUCGCAAGAAAAACGCAGAUUAGGAUGGUCGCGAAUUAGAUUGCUAAAAUUGAAAUAAAUUUCAUACAGUGAUGUAAAAAUAUUUUCAACAUCGAUAGACUUUAUACGGUGAAAAGCACAGAAAAUGUAACAAGCUGUUUCAAACACCAGCGCGAGCGGCUAAAUGUUUUUGACCAACAAAAAACUGGAUGUCAAAUUUUUUCUAUGGGGUCUGUUUCUAUUGCAAAUUUUUCUAAUCUCGGUGUUUCUGGCAUUCGGAUCGCUUCUGGUCAGCAAUAUCCAGCAGGGUGAGCUAACCGGUUCCGACUACCGUCAGCCGGAUGGUUCCGGCAGUCACCAAGCUCGACCAACAUCCUGGUUCAAUGUGAAAUUCAUCAGCAACCAGAGUUCCCCGCUGGCCUUGACAAACGAUGACCUGGUGGCUGAUCAGCAGACGUCGAACCGACGUAUGCGACACCCCCGAUUUCAUCUAGUGCAACCGAAAACGGUUCCGAAGCCAGACAAUUACACCAAAUAUUACAGGUUGAUAUAUUAUCAUGAUGGAUACCGAGAACAGCAAAGACUGUGCUUCAUCGAAGGGACGCGUUUCCCGGAGGCAAAACCAAUCGUGCAAAAGCUGCUCACUUCCGCAGGGCCACAUACGAAGAAAACCAAUGAGACUGAGCUCGAUACAGGAGGGUUAGAUGUAGGAACAUUAGAAGAAAGCGAACGAACAAUUGAGGAAGAGGGUGAUGGUACGGAGGACAACGAUGUCCUCGCGGACGGUCGCUGCCGGUGUCUACCGGAGUGGCACGGGCCUGACUGCGGCCUACCGGAAGUGCUCUGGAGAGCAUUCAUAGCAUCGAGAAUUCCACCGAGAAACCAAACUGCUGCACCUCGCAAGGUACCGAAGAGAAUAUUUUACAUAAUCGAUACGAAUUUCAUCAGCGUGGAAGUGUUGGAAAUUCAAAUCAUGGAACUGAUAGAUGUUGUGAACAUGUUUGUACUGUGUGAUAGAAGCAUUCCCGUUGUGGGUGCGACAAAAAGUGAAGCCUACUCCCUAGCCGAGCAUAUGAAUAGCGUUGAUUUCUUGAAGCAAAACCAAAAGAAAAUACUGCUUCUGGAAGAUGCUACGUGCAGUGGAAAAAAUAUCUUCCGAAAGAUGAAGAAAUUUAUCGUCACAAGUGAUAUGCAAGCAGAAGAUAUUCUGCUGUACAGUCGAACGGACGAAAUCUUGAAUCGGCGAGCGGUGAACUAUUUCCGCUGGUACGACAACUGGCCACAACCCGUCCGGUUCCGACUGAAGUAUAACGUGUUUGGAUUCUUCUGGCAGCAUCCUGACAGUACCCGGAUCGGAAGUGCUGCAUGUCAAUUAAGUACGGUGGAUGAAGUUUAUCGAUCCGAUCCGGAAGCACUGCUUCGGAUCGACAAACCGGUGAUGCUAAUUGGUGAUCUGAAUCAUUACGGUGGUUGGUUCUGCCGCCACUGUUAUCAACCAAUAGAUAUAGUGAAAUAUUUAGAAUUUAUAGCUUUAGUUGGAGCUAGCAGUAGUACUAGCAAUAGUGGAACUAAUCAAUCAUCAUAUCUUCCCGAUCCAAAGCAAAGCAGUGUGAUGAACGGAGAGUACGUUCAAAAUUUAAUCGCCAGUGGGAAGUACUUCGACGGUCAAACGAAUCUCAACAAGCUGCAACGUCACGUGGACAAGUACUACGCCCCGGAUUACGUCCGCGAAAACAGCUGGCGGUUCGAUAAUAUCGUCAUUAACCUAUUCGCUCGCUGGGAGGAUAGUGUCAUCGAUGACGAGUAUUUCAGUUAGACGCGAUACUCAAAUCCUCUUCAUACUGCCUGGUCGACUCCGAAAACAGUAAACUUACACACUAUCAUACUCAUCACAAAAUCAUAAAAUAUACAGUUCGGUAAUAGUGAAUUUCAAAUGUAGUCUAACUUCCCUACUUCAUUCAGUACUAUCAUCAUAAUCUCAACGGCGAGCUUGGUAUGUGUGUUGGAUGUAAACAUCACCAUUCGAAUGCGAAUAUAUUUGUGUACCUACCUACCACCAAUGAAAUUAAAAUUUAGAUAGUGAACCAUAUGCAAAAUUUUGCCUUAUUUCAAAUAGAAUUGAGAUAAACUAUUUUUAGAUAAAACGAUUGGCCAACACUAUUUUGAAUUCGAGAUAGCAAGCUUAGCACAUGCCUACUUAAACAAUACUUGAAUUAUGUAUUAUACUCUCUAAAACAAUGUAAAAUUAUUGAAGUGAUUGAUUGAACUUAAUAUGCGUUUUGUGAUUAUGCUUCCUAAUUUCCUGAAUAAAAAACAUUGCGUUACGUUCGUUGAUUAUUUAAAA